CAAGCGUGUUUCGCCACUCCAGUCGCACACUCACUAACCGUUAAGCUUUUCUUAUCUUGUGUCCGUCUUGUGAAUUUUUUCUUCUUGUUGUGCCAGUGUAUUGGUAGUUGAGUUAUGAAACGCGUUUGCCGAUCAACAAAAUAAACGUGCGAUUAGAUUUGUUAACGAAACGUGGCGCUUGUUAAACAACAUGCACAUACAUAUGUUAAAUAUUAUAUUACAAUAAAAAGCAUACACAAAACAAAAGUGCCGUCUGCGCCAGCAAAGUUUGCCUAACAAUUAAUAACAGUGUAAAAAUGCAUAUUUAAUAAAUUUUUGCUAUACUUAAGUAUACACACAUAAUACAUAAGGCCAUAUAUACUGCUUCUUUGCAACAGUGCUUCAUUGUGUUUGUGAAAGUUUUGAAAAUAAAAUAAAUAAAUAAAUUUUCUAAGUGCAUACGUGUUGGCGUAUUAUGUGUGGCUAUAUCCACCAAUUUGUUGUUAACUGAUACAGUUAUCUGAUUUUGUUUCGACCACGUUCGGGAAUAUUCUUCUACAUUGCAAAGGACCAAGAACAAUUUCUGAUAGAAAACUGUGUAGUUAGCGGCGACAAAACGGAUAUUUCACGAAGGCUUAGCUAAAUCCUGUGCCAUGAAGGAGAAGAGUAAAAAUGCCGCUCGCACUAGACGUGAAAAGGAAAAUGCGGAAUUCUUCGAACUGGCCAAAUUACUACCACUACCAAGUGCAAUUACAUCACAGUUGGACAAAGCGUCCAUCAUAAGAUUAACAACAUCGUAUCUGAAAAUGCGUCAAGUCUUUCCCGAUGGUCUGGGCGAGGCGUGGGGCACUUCACCGGCAAUGCAACGCGGCGCUAUCAAGGAGCUUGGCUCACAUUUGCUGCAAACAUUGGACGGUUUCAUAUUUGUUGUGGCACCGGAUGGCAAAAUUAUGUACAUCUCCGAAACGGCAUCCGUACAGCUGGGACUCAGUCAGGUUGAACUCACCGGCAAUUCUAUAUUCGAAUAUAUACACAACCACGAUCACGAUGAGAUGAACGCUAUACUCUCACUGCAUCCUUAUAUGUACCAAAAUCCGGAUGCAUUUAUUAAUUCAUUACAUCUACCACAGAGCGGCAAUCCACCCACCGGCCAUGCGAACGUCAUCGGCAGUCCGAAUGGCAGCUAUGGCAAUGAUCGUGGUUCGCAAACGAUCGAAUUGCAAAAAUCCUUCUUCCUGCGCAUGAAGUGUGUGCUGGCGAAACGGAACGCUGGACUCACAACAUCUGGUUAUAAGGUUAUUCACUGCUCUGGCUACUUGAAAGCGCGCAUAUUUCCUGACUAUGGCGACGGUCAUGGCGGUUACAUACAAAAUUUGGGCCUUGUAGCUGUCGGUCACUCUCUGCCUUCGUCUGCGAUAACGGAAAUUAAAUUACACACAAACAUGUUUAUGUUUCGGGCGUGCAUGGAUCUGAAAUUAAUAUUUUUAGAUGCGAGAGUAUCCCAACUCACCGGCUAUGAACCGCAAGACCUCAUAGAGAAAACCCUCUAUCAGUACAUACACGUUGCGGACAUUGGAGCCAUGAGCUGCGCCCAUCAAACGCUGGUAUACAAAGGACAAGUCACCACCAAAUACUAUCGCUUUUUGACGAAGGGCGGCGGCUGGGUCUGGGUGCAGUCGUAUGCGACCGUGGUGCACAACACACGCUCCUCGCGCACUCACUGCAUCGUCAGCGUAAAUUAUGUCCUUAGUGAACAAGAGGCCAAAGACUUGAUUCUCAAUGAAAUACAAACGGGUGUGGUUAAAAGCGAGCCAAUCACCGCUUCGGCUGCGUUGACGCCAUCUUUGCAUGCGGCACACGCAGCUGCCGUCGCCACACACCCGGCGCUAAGCAAUGGCAUUGCCGUUGGCAGUACGGCGAGUUGCGCGGCGCUCAGCGUGAGUCCCAAACUGGACGCUUGUUUUGAGAGUGCUGGCGUACAUCUACCACCUAACGUGCUUACACCGGUGCUGACUGGCGGUAGCAGCAGCAGUGGUGGCGGCGCCGGCAACGGCGUUACGCACAAUAAUAACAACAAUAAUGCCUAUAUGACGGGACAUAUAAUGCACACGCAACUGCCGCACCAUCAGCACGCGCAUCUGCAUGCACAUCCGAACGCGCAUGUGCACACACAUCAUCUGCAUCACGUGCAUCCGCAUGCGCAUUCUCACGAAGUACCGCUACCACCGCAAACGCAACACGAAAACCUCAACUAUACAACGCUCUUCCCGCCGAUCAACGAUCUCGUGGUCACCUCAUCGACGCUCGGUCACGAAAUGCAAUACCCGGACACAACCACCGGCCCCGGAUACUACGGCGGCAGUGUCGGCACGACCAAUAGCAAUAACAACUCUGGCAGUGAACACUACUACUACGAGGCGACGCCUUCAGCCACAUCACUCAAUCGACCGUACUCCGCGAAUUCCAAUAGCUGUUCCAGCAGCGCGGAGAGCGAGCGCCAAAUGUCAACCGGCAAUGCGUCGAUAAUAACGGGCAAUUCGCCGCAGACGACGUACAGCGAGUUGAGUCAUACAUUUGAAUUGCAUUAUUUGUCGGAUAGCAGUUCGCAUCAACAGGCCGCCAUGGCGGGACCACCGACUACACAACAACAGCAGCAACCACAACAACAUCACCUACAACCUAUGGAACAUCAUCAACACACGCAUCAUCACCAAACGCAUCAGCUGCAGCAACAAACCUUGGCGUCUGGUCAUAUUGCCACCCUGCAACAACCAACGACGCCACAGUCUCAGUCACAACAACAACAAAUGGAGCACCAGCAAAUGCAUCAGCAUCAAACGACACUGGUGGCACAUCAACUACAACAGCAUGAGCAUGAACAACUACAACAGCAGCAGCAGCAACAACAACAACAGCAUGAGCAUAUUGCCCGCUCAUUCGCCGUCGCCGUGGAGAAGGGCGUCAGCGUGCAGCCGCAAUACACCAGCGUCAUUGUUGACCCCCAUCAUCAUUAUAUACCCAACGAUUUUGUACAUUAGCAUUUGCUAGCUGGUACGAUCCGCAGGAUCGGUGGCAGUAAAGCACGUGUUGUGCUCUUAUUGGGGGCGCCUUGGGUGUCGUCAUGUUGCUAUGACACAUUGUUGUUGUUAAUUUUAAUAGUUCUAAUUAUUGCUAAUUAAAUUGGACUGAGUCACAAAAAUAUAUACAUACAUAACUAUAUAUAAGUUUCGAUUUAAUCUUUUUGCCAAUUUUAUUUACUCGAAUAUGGUCUGCACUAGCUGAGGAAAAGGCCGCAUACUCAUAGGCUCAAAAAACAGGUACUAUCAUUUACAUAUUAUACAGAAUUUAUUUAUAUACACCAGAAUAGCUAUGAGAUCCCAGCAGUCAUUUUAAAAAGAAGAGGUGGCCAAAAUGUGUAUUUAAGGCAAAUUUUCAUUAGUUAAUUUAAAAUUUUUUCAAGGAUGUUAGUGAUUUCAC